AUGAAUGUUUGGCCAGAUUUUUCCAUCGAGACCUGGGCUUUAAUAGUAGUUGCCUUUACUUUCAUCACAAUAUAUGGAUAUCCUCCUUAUGGAUUUUUCAAGAAAUUAGGUAUCCAUGGACCAACACCUUUGCCCUUCGUUGGGACAUUUUUGGGAUACUUACAGGACAUCCACAACUAUGACAAAAAAUGCUAUCAGAUGUAUGGAAAGGUGUGGGGGUUGUAUGAUGGAAGGCAGCCUGUACUGGCUGUAAUGGACACAUCCAUGAUCAAAACCAUUCUGGUUAAGGAGUGCUAUUCUGUUUUCACCAACAGGCGGGAUUUUGGCUUUAACGGAUCACUGCACGAUGCCACGUCAGUUGUAGAAGAUGAGGAAUGGAAGAGAAUCCGCAGUGUGCUUUCUCCGUCAUUCACAAGCGAUCAACUGAAAGAGGUAUUUUGGACCAUUCUUCUUUACAAAACGUCAGGUAGUCAGCCAACCUAUGAAAGCCUGGUACAGAUGGAAUACCUGGACUUGGUGUUGAAUGAGUCAAUGAAGCUUUACCCAGUUGCCAGUCAUCUCGAGAGAAUGGCAAAGACCUCUGUGGAAGUGAACGGGCCUGAGGUCUUCAAAGCUGACAGGUUUCGCAAAGAGAACAAAGACAACAUAGAUCCUUAUGCCUUCCUACCUUUUGGAGCAGGGCCAAGGAACUGCAUUGGCAUGCGGUUUGCAAUCUUGAUGAUGAAAUUGGCCAUUGUGGAAAUCCUUCAGAACUUCAGCUUUGUUACCUGCAAGGAAACCAUUAACCAAGUGGACUUUGUGCAGCUGAUGGUGGAUACUCAGAUCGAAGAAGGUGCUGCACAGGAUAAGAGCUCACUCAAAGGGCUGCCUGCCCAUGAGAUCCUAUCACAGGCCAUGAUAUUUAUAUUUGCUGGAUAUGAAACCAGCAACAGCUCACUGUACUUUUUAGCAUACAACCUCGCAACCAACCCUGACAUCCAAAAGACUCUGCAAGAGGAGAUCGAUGAAACAUUCCCAGAGAAGAGUCAGCCAACCUAUGAAAGCCUGGUACAGAUGGAAUACCUGGACUUGGUGUUGAAUGAGUCAAUGAAGCUUUACCCAGUUGCCAGUCAUCUCGAGAGAAUGGCAAAGACCUCUGUGGAAGUGAACGGGGUGACAAUCCCCAAAGGAACUGUCAUGAUACCAGUUUACCCGCUCUACUAUGACCCCAUGCUAUGGCCUCAGCCUGAGGUCUUCAAAGCUGACAGGUUUCGCAAAGAGAACAAAGACAACAUAGAUCCUUAUGCCUUCCUACCUUUUGGAGCAGGGCCAAGGAACUGCAUUGGCAUGCGGUUUGCAAUCUUGAUGAUGAAAUUGGCCAUUGUGGAAAUCCUUCAGAACUUCAGCUUUGUUACCUGCAAGGAAACCAUUGUUCCAUUGUUGUUGAUCACUGAUGGCUUCACAACUCCACAGCAUCCCAUCAAACUGAAGCUGAAGCCCAGAUCAACUCCCACAGAAUGUCCAAGUUAA